GCCACACUAUGGUGCUAGGCAUCGGCGUGGCGGGGCUCGCUUCCAUGGGCACCUCCAGUGCGCUGGGCUCCGUCGUGCGAGCCUGGGACGUGCGCGACGUGAGCGACCAGGUCACGUCGAUGGGCGGCAAGUGGAUCAAGGUAGACUUCAAGGAGGACGGCGCUGGUGCUGGCGGCUACGCCAAGGAGUCCAGUCCCGAGUUCCAGCAGGCGCAGAAGGAUACCUUCCACAAGCACGCCAAGGAAUGCGACAUCAUUAUCUCCACGGCCGCGAUCCCGGGCAGGAAGUCGCCGGUGCUGAUCGAAGAGUACAUGGUGAAAGACAUGAAGCCAGGCAGCGUCAUCGUCGACCUCGCCGCCGCUGGCGGGGGUAACUGCACGCUGACCAGGGCCGGCGAGAAGUACGUCACAGACAACGGCGUCACCAUCAUCGGGUACACCGACCUCGCGGGAAGGAUGGGCCUCCAGGCCUCCGCGAUGUACGCCCAGAACAUGCUCAACAUGUCCAACCACAUCACGGGCAAGGCGGGCGCGGAGGGCUUCAUGCCGGCCGUGAACGCCGCCCUCGGGGACCAGGAGAAAGGACAGGUCUGCUGCCAGCUGGUCCGCACGGCGCUGGCGUGA